UUUUUGCCCAUCAUUCUCUUUCCAGGAGAUUAUGUGAACGGGAAUACUCAUGAAAAACUGCAGAAGGCAUUUACAUGUAAAAAGAAGUAUAGCAAAGAAAACCACAAAGUACCACAUCAGAACUACUUUUUAAGGAAGCAUUACAGUGAUUGUGUUUUGCAAGGAAUGACAGAAGAAACACUUAACACAAAAAAGAAAUCAGAUGGGUAUUCUGAGAAUAUAAAAUUCCUUGUUAAGAACACAAAGCUUGUUGAUCCGAUAAUUCACAAUAAGAACACAUUUUCAUGUUCUUUAUGUGAUAAAUUGUUUGCUAAUAGAUGGAAUCUAUUUCAACAUCAGAGAAGUCAUACAGCUGAGAAAAGGACUUUUUCAUGCACUGAAUGCGGGAGAUGCUUUAGUCGUCAGCAUAACCUUAUUGAACAUGAGAAAAUUCACACGGGGGUAAAGCCAUAUUCUUGUUUAGAAUGCGGUAAAACUUUUGCCCAUCGAAAAUCUUUCCUUGCACAUCAGAAUAUUCAUUCGGGAAAGAAACCAUUUACAUGCACUGAAUGUGGGAAAUGUUUUGCCUAUCAACCAAACUUUAUUGAACAUAGGAGAAUUCAUACUGGUGUAAAAUCUUUUUCGUGUUCUGAAUGUGGAAAAUCGUUUACCCAUCGAAAAACUUUCCUUCUUCAUCAAAAUACUCAUACAGGAGUUAAACCAUAUUCAUGUGAAUGUGGCAAACAGUUUGCUCAACGUCGGUCCUUUCUUUCCCAUCAGAAAAUCCACAGAGGAGAAAGAUCAUUUUCAUGCUCUAACUGUACCAAAUGCUUUUCUAAUGAACACGCCCUAAUUACUCAUCAGAGAAUCCAUACUGGAGAAAGACCAUUUUCAUGUUCUGAAUGUGGGAAGCAGUUUACCACCCGCAAAUAUGUAAUAAGACAUCAAAAAAUCCAUACGGAUGAGAAACCGUUUGAAUGUUCUCAGUGUGGGAAAUGUUUUACUCAUCAGUCAGAUCACAUUCAGCACGAGAAAAGCCACAAAGGAGAAAAGCCAUUUUCAUGUUCUGAAUGUGGAAAACAUUUCACCCGUCGAACAAACCUAAACAAACAUCAAAAAAUUCAUACAGGACUUAAGCCAUUUUCAUGUUCUGAAUGUGGAAAAUGUUUCACCCAGAAAUCAAAUCUUACAUCACAUCAAAGGAUUCAUACGGGAGAAAAACCGUUUUCAUGCUGUAAAUGUGGAAAAUGUUUUACGUUUCAAACACACCUUCAAAAGCACAUGAAAUCGCAUAGUCGUCAUGAAAAAAGACGGCUCCCUAAAAAUUAGCAAGUUAUUAGCUAUACUUAAUUAUCUUUUACUGUAAUGUAAAGGAAGGGGAAAAACUGCUGACCUAAAUUUAUUUUAUGUAAAUAAACCUAUAAAUUGAGAACCUA